AUGUCUUUCUCCGAAUUCUCAAAGGAUCUCGGACAAUCAAAACCCCCAAGUUCCUCCUCUUCAACAGGUGCAAACGCAGGAACCCCAACAUCUUUCUAUCACGACAUUGAAAUCUCAGACUCUUCUGCAAACUCAGACUCUAACGAAAACGACCCAGAUGACGACGAUGUUGCAGUCCCUUCUAUAACCCCUUCCAACCCUUCAUCUGAUCUUCCAGAUCCAGUCCCCAUCCCAGGUGCCUCUUCUGCAGAUGUUGCUCCAUCCUCCUCUACCUCAUCAUCUAUCUCUUCUUCAACUGCUGCCUCAGCUUCCACAAUCACAAAUAUUUCAUCAGUAGUGUCUCCAAGAGACCUUUCGCCACUCCCAGCAAACAAGUCUUUUGCAGGUAUUAUCAGCUCUUCUCCAGCUCCAGGCUCCGUCGGAUCAUCCGGUCCCACUUUUGCAUCCUCUCCUACUCUCUCUGCUCUUUCUCUUGGAACUGAUUCCCAUCAACGUUCUGUGUCCUCAUCUUCUUCAAAAACAUUUGAAUUUAAUGGUACUCAGGUCCCUAAAAUUGGUAAAAUCGGUGUUUGUGCUUUGGACGCAAAGGCCCGCUCAAAACCAUGUCGUCAUAUUCUUAACAAGCUUAUUGAACAUGGAGAAUUUGAAACUGUGAUUUUUGGUGAUAAAGUCAUUCUUGAUGAAUCAAUUGAAAAUUGGCCCACAUGCGACUUUCUCAUUUCCUUCUUUUCAAAUGGUUUCCCUCUUCAAAAGGCUAUCGAUUAUGUUAAUCUCAGAAAGCCUUAUCUUGUCAAUGAUCUCGAACUCCAAAAAAUUUUAUGGGAUCGCCGCCUCGUGCUUAGACUCCUCGAAGCCUCUGGUGUCCCCACCCCACGCCGCAUUGUUGUAUCUCGUGAUGGAGGCCCCCACGUGGAGCCAGCAGUUCGUGAAAAGCUUCGCGAGCACGGAGUUGAGAUCAAGGAAGAACUCCCCUUGGAAUUUGAAAUGAUUGAUCAAGAUACUUUGAAAUUUGCCGACGGUCAAAUCUUGAAAAAACCCUUUGUUGAAAAACCUGUUGAUGGCGAAGAUCACAAUGUCUUUGUUUAUUACAAUUCUUCUACUGGUGGUGGUGGCCGCAGACUCUUCCGAAAGGUUGGUAACAAGUCUUCAGAAUACGAUCCGGACCUUACAUCCCCCCGCACAGAGGGUUCCUUUAUCUACGAGGAGUUUAUGGAUACUGACAACUUUGAAGAUGUCAAGGCUUAUACUGUUGGUCCUCACUUUUGUCAUGCAGAGACUCGUAAGUCGCCUGUUGUUGAUGGUGUUGUCCGUCGUAACACAUAUGGCAAGGAGAUUCGAUUUGUCACCAAACUCACCGAUGAAGAAAUCAAAAUGGCAUCCAGUAUUUCGGAAGCCUUUGAGCAAACCAUUUGCGGAUUUGAUUUGCUCCGUGUCAAUGGUAAAUCCUAUGUGAUUGACGUUAAUGGCUUUUCAUUUGUCAAAGAUAAUCAGGAUUAUUACAAUAAUGCUGCUCGCAUUCUGCGUCAACUUUUUAUUCAAGCCAAAAAGGACCGCAACGAGCGCAAUAAGAAAAUCUUGCCCAAUGAUGCCACCGUUGUUGAAAAGGAACAAAAGUGGAAACAAAAGGGCCAGAUUUAUGUUAUUCGCCAUGCUGACCGUACACCUAAGCAAAAGUUUAAGUUUUCAUUCAAGUCGAAAACUUUUAUCAAUCUUCUACGCGGCCAUAAGGAAGAGGUCAUUAUCCGUGAAAAGCCUGAUUUGGCUUACAUUCUUAAGGUAACCAAACGUGCCCAGGAUGAAGGCAAGGAAGACCCAGAUAAACUUUCGCAGCUGCGAAUGGCUUUGGAAAAGAAGAAGGAUUUCCCUGGAACAAAAGUCCAACUCAAGCCUGUUCUUAAUAAGGAAAUUAAUAAGGUUGAGAAAGUUCAAGUUAUUAUUAAAUGGGGCGGUGAACCUACCCACUCUGCACGCUACCAGGCUUUGGAUCUAGGUACUCAAAUGCGCCAGGAAACACUUUUGCUCAACAAGGACUUGGUCAAUAAUGUUAAGAUCUUUACAUCUUCUGAACGUCGUGUUGUUGCUUCUGCAAGAAUUUGGGCUUCUGCCUACCUUGACCUUGAAGACGUUCCUGAAGACUUGUUAUCUAUUCGCAAAGAUUGGCUCGAUGAUUCCAAUGCAGCCAAAGAUCUUAUGGACAAGGUCAAGAAGAAACUUAAGCCUUUGUUGCGUCAGGGCCUGGAGCCUCCACCACAGUUUACUUGGCCUCCCAAGUUCCCCGAGCCAUUUAUUGUGUUGUCACGCGUUGUAGAACUCAUGAACUAUCACGCACGCAUCUUGGCUUACAAUUUUGCCCAUCAGGAUGUUGAUACGUUCCAAUCUCGUUGGUGCUGCAGUGAAGACCCUGUACUGUUCCGAGAACGCUGGGAUAAGCUGUUUAAAGAGUUUGUGUCUGUGGAAAAGGUUGAUCCUUCCAAGAUUUCUGAACUUUAUGAUACUAUGAAGUUUGACGGAUUGCACAAUAGACAAUUCCUUGAACAUGUCUUUAGACCUGAUCCUGCCAUGGGUGACCAGUUUGACCCACCCAAAACAGCGUUUGCCCCCCUUCAAAUGCCUAAGGUUUCUGCAGUAUUCCAGCACAAACCUGAGUCGGGUGCACCCAAGGCUUCACUCCCCACAUCUACGGCAUUUGAUGGCCCUGAGUUUGGGUAUCUGCGUGAGCUUUACACUCUGUCGAAGAUUUUGUUUGACUUUAUUUGUCCACAGGAGUACGGUAUUGAGGCCAAGGAAAAGUUGGACAUUGGAUUGCUGACAUCAUUGCCACUUGUACAGCAGAUUCUCAAGGAGAUUGAGGAGAUGCAGACUGGUGGUGAGUGCCGCUCAGUGUUUUACUUCACUAAGGAGUCGCAUAUUUACACUCUGCUCAAUGUGAUUUAUGAGUCUCAGAUUCCGACCAAGGUUGCACGUAACCAUCUUCCUGAGCUGGAUUAUCUGACCCAGAUUGGGUUUGAGAUUUACGAGGCUGAAGAUAAGAAGCAUUCAAUUCGUCUUACCAUUUCACCCGGAUGUAAUACGCCAAACCCACUUGACGUGCAACUCGACUCGAAACAUUGCAUUUCGUGUAUCCCACUUGUCGCACUUACUCGUCAUUUGGACUCGGACUUGCUUGCAUCUAAGUUUAAGUCACGCUUUGCUCGUGUGUCGCUUCCUAAGAAGUUUAUUCCUUUAAACUGGAACUCGGGUGAACUCCAGGACGUGUUGACACCGCCCAGUUCAAGUGGAAGCUCUGGAGGUGAUGAUGAGGAAUCCAAGGACAUUAAAGAAGAUAAGGAAGAAGUCAAGGACAUUAAAGAAGAUAAGGAGGAAGUCAAGGACAUUAAAGAAGAUAAGGAGGAAGUCAAGGAGGAAUCCAAGUAA